AAAGAGAGGGGGGGAAAUUGUAGAAAAAUUAUGCCCUAAAAUAUUUUUAAAAAGGAGAUAAAAGAGAGAGAAGCAGACCCCAAAACAAGAAGGCUUUAUACCUCCAUGUACUAAGCUGCCUCCGACUCUCUUCGCUCGUAAAUUUCUUCUCGAUUUAAGUUUACUUUGAGAGCUCCGAUUGAUGCAGCAGGUGAUCAUGGACGGUAGCAGUAGUAGUAGUAGUUCUGCCGCCCCGACUUGGUGGAGCUUGAACAACACGAUGCCAGUACCCUUCCCUCAACCUUCCAGUAAUCCUGAGAUGUGGCAUCCGGAUCAUGGAAGCCAAGACUUGCCAGAGUCAUGGUGCCAACUUCUACUCGGAGGGUUGGUCGCAGAAGAAGAAAAGCAUGGGUUCAAGAGGAUGGGGAUUAAUGACAAUUGUGGAGUGUUGGAUCAAUUGCUACGCGAGCAGCAGAUGGUGCAUCCAUCGCCGUCUGAAGCACAAAUAGCAGCUGGGUUUCAUCAUCAAGUGUCAUCCUCAUGGAAUCAAAAUCCUAUUGUUUCAGCUUCAUCUCCCAGGUCCUGCGUCACCUCCAGCAACAUGUUGGAUUUCUCACACAAGCCCAGGCAGCAAAUCGAUAACAACUCUUCUGAGGGAAACAGCACAGAAACUGCUCCAGCUUUGAAGAAAGCUAAGGUUCUUGGGUGUUCCUCUCCAAAAUCUACUCUCAAGGUGAGGAAGGAGAAGCUAGGGGAUAGAAUAACUACACUGCACCAGUUAGUGUCCCCAUUUGGAAAGACUGACACAGCGUCGGUGUUGCAAGAAGCCAUUGGCUACAUCAGAUUCCUCCACAGUCAAAUCCAGGCUCUGAGCUCGCCGUACCUGGAGCAGCCGCAGGCCAUGAGGCAACAGAAGCAGCAGAAGACUGUGAAUGAUAAUGGUGAUGGUGAUGAACAGUCAAGAAAGGAUUUGAGGAGUCGAGGGUUGUGCCUUGUCCCUGUCUCCUUCACCAUGCACGUAGGAAGUGACAAUGGUGCAGAUUUGUGGGCUGCUGCUCUUGGUGGAGGAUUCUGAUAGCUAGAUCCGGAUGAUCAGGAGGAGAUUCAUACACAUGCAUGUAAUAAAUAUAUAUGCUCUUGAAAUUAACUAGCUUUCAUGCAUGCUUCUUCGGACUUAAUUAUAAUCACGAUGGACAUAGCAUCAUUAGCCGUCAUUCUGCUCAAGGUGAAGGCUGAUCGCUAAUGAUGUUAUGGAAGUUGGUCAAUUGCAUGCAUGAAACGUAGCACGGCAUGCAAUUCGGCAGACAUUAUGAGCAAGAUUGUUGUUAUAUUUGUUUUACUAAACUCCCCAACUCAGUAUAUAUCAGGCUGCAUGCGAUGCAUGCCUGCCGUGCGUACGUUAUUAAAGCAUGCACGAGAAAACUGUAAUUAGUAAUUGAACAGAAGAGUACUAGCACUCUUUAAUGCCUAGAGCUAUCUUUGUUUGAGUUGAAGUAUAUCAAUAUCAGGAUUUUCAUUCUAGUAAA